AUGAAACUCUUUUGGUUCGGUUUGUUUUUGGUUCAAACUUGGACUCAAAAAGCCACUAGAGUAGAUGUAAAAAUACAAAACAUACGAGUGUUUGGAGAGUCGCGUUUCAUGAAAGUAAAAUACUACAUCCACAGUGAUCGCACCCACUUCGAUCUGAAUGUUCGACUGAUUCGAGAACUAAAUAGUAACCAUUUGAUCAUGAAUGUCAAAGUACGAGUAAAACCGGAGAACAGCCAAGACUAUGUGCGCUUUUUCGAUAUUAGACGAAUCAACUUUUGCGAUUUCCUCACCGAGUAUAACACCAAUCCGGUCUUAAAGUUCAUGUUCAAGAAGACGAUCAAUCUCAGCGAUGUGAUCCUGUGUCCUGUUCGUGUUGGCAACUAUUCGAUGAUGAACACCGAUGUGGGCAGUAACAUGUCUCCGGGUGGCGUCCAGAAUGGAACCUACAAGUUCUUUGCCGAAAUAGUCGAGGAAAGUGGGGAAAUAGCCAAGCUGUUUGCUCUUCAAGUAACUUCGCAGAUGUUUGUCAUAGAAGGUGAAAGUAGUAACAGUGAUGAUUAA